CGGAUACGCAUAUUGACGUAAUAAUGACAUAAAUCAACUGAUUUUGUAAUUGUUUAUAGUUUGGGAUCCUUUUCAAUGUUAUUCAUUCGAAAAUGGCAAAACAGUAUGGCUUGAUUAUACCAAAUAAGAACAAAAGCGGCCAUCAGAUAGGACAAAUUACUGCCAAGAAACCAUCAAUAUUUGAAGAAGAUUCAGAUUCUGAAACUACAGAGCUAAAGCCAACUGGCAUAUCCAAAGGUUUGAAAAAACAGGAUAAGUUGAAUCGGGACAAGGCUUUGGAAGAAGAUCCCACAGUGUACCAAUAUGACGAAGUGUAUGAUGAAAUUGACAAGAAACGCAAGGAAACGAAACUUGCAAGAAAGGAUGUAGACAAAAAACCAAAGUACAUAAGCAGACUACUCGCAGCUGCAGAGAAACGGAAGAGAGAGAACGAGAGAAGAAUUGAAAGGCAAGUUCAGAAAGAAAGAGAGGAAGAAGGUGAAAUGUUUAAGGAUAAAGAAUCAUUCAUAACAUCUGCUUACAAAAAGAAGCUGGAAGAAAUGAAAGCUCUAGAAGAACAAGAAAAGCGCGAGGAGUAUCUUGAAUCAAUUGGAGAUGUAACAAAACAAGGCAAUUUGGAUGGAUUUUACAGACAUUUGUACGAGCAAAAAGUGAAGUAUGAGGAUGUUACAGGGGAAAGUAAAGGAGUUGAUGAGGAAACUAAAAAUAAUAGUGAAGAUGAGAGGCAAGAACUGGAACGUGAUUCUGAGAGCCCUCCAAAAAAAUCUAAGAAAUCCUCUGAAAGUGAAGCAGAACCUGGAACAUUAAAAACUAAAAAAGAUUUAAGAAACAGGAAAUACAGAACCAGAAGGGAUUCAAAGGAAAGUGAAGAAGAUACGGAGGAGAAAAAAGAGCAUUUGGUUUCAAAUUUAGAUGCAGAUUCAGAUUUCAGCAUUGACUCUUCCGACAGCGAAGAUGAUAACGAAGAAAGUGUACCUGAAAAGAAAGUGAAGAACGAAAAAACUCCCAACAUGCCAGGAGAAGAAAUAAAAGAAGAAAUCAAAGAUGCUGGUGAAACAGAUGUAAAAAAUCCAGUACCAGAAAUAGAAACAAACAAAAAUGACGUGGUUGAUGAGAAACACGUAGAAAUAAAACCUGAAAAGCCAAAAGUUGAUAUUUGGAAAAAACGUACAGUUGGAGAAAAAUUUGAUGAAGCUGUAAAAAGAUAUUUUGAGAGAAAAGCAUUAAGGGAAGUACAGAGAGGUUAUUGACAGUUUAAGCAGAAAAUAAAUGUGUAUCAUCUGUAUUGCCCAUGUUUCAUUUAUGUUCCUCUAGUGACACCAAAAAUAAUUUUGCAAUGAACCAGUCCAAUCUAUAAGUUUUUAGGUGCUACAAUGAAA